AUGCUUGACAUAAAGGAGGUCAAAGAGAAUUCCAUAGGAUAUUUUCACAUGACUUUGAAACCAAUAUACAGAUUUUCUAGAGCCAAGAUAUCCGAAAUUGUCAGAAUUCGUGACCAAGGCGGAAUAGUUGUGGAUGGUAAUAGCAUAGGUGAGAAAGAUACAGGCGAUAUAAGUGUAAACGAGAUUGUGGAAGCUUUAAAGAGAAUUAAAGCCGGAAAGUCAGCGGAAUGCGAUAGGGUUUCCGUAGAAUAA